CGGCCGGCAGCGCUCGGACCGCGCUCGCCGGCGGCCCGGCCGUGCCAGCAUGUCAGCCGCCGUGGCGUGUCUGGACUACUUCGCCGCCGAGUGCCUGGUGUCCAUGUCCGCGGGCGCCGUGGUUCACCGCCGCCCGCAGGACCCCGAGGGCGCGGGCGGAGCCGCAGGCUCGGAGGUGGGUGCGGCGGCGCCGCCGGAGUCCGCUCUGCCGGGUCCGGGGCCACCGGGGCCCGCGUCGGUCCCCCUGCUUUCCCAGGUCCCCGCCCCCAGCCCUGGCGCGGGCGGCGCCGCGCCCCACCUGCUGGCUGCAAGCGUCUUGGCUGACUUGCGCGGCGGCUCUGGGGAGGGCUUCGGGGAGAACUCGGGGGAAGCUCUGCGCGCUUCGUCCGGCUCCUCCGGCCCCAGCCCGUGCUCCGCGUCCACCCUGCGCUCAGAGCCGGCCCCGGCCUCCAGCGCAGCCGAAGUCUCCAGGCCCGCGCACUCGUCCCGCGCGCUCGAGGUCCCCGGCGCGCCUGCCGCCUCCGGAGCGCCUGCGGUCCCCGGCGGGGUGUCUGGCGUGGCCCCUGGCGUGGGCCCCGCCCCCGCAAUGAGUCCAGGUGCCCGUCGGAGGCCGGUCACACCUGCUGCCAAGCGCCAUCGCUGCCCCUUCCCGGGCUGCAACAAAGCCUAUUACAAGUCGUCGCAUCUGAAGUCCCACCAGCGCACCCACACGGGCGAGCGCCCUUUCUCCUGCGACUGGCUCGACUGCGACAAGAAGUUCACGCGCUCCGACGAGCUGGCACGUCACUACAGGACGCACACGGGCGAAAAGCGCUUCUCCUGCCCCCUCUGCCCCAAGCAGUUCUCCCGGAGCGACCACUUGACCAAGCACGCCCGUCGCCACCCAGCCUAUCAUCCCGACAUGAUCGAGUACCGGGGGCGUCGUCGCACGCCCCGCGUCCACGCGCAACCCGCCAGCCUGGUGGACAGCUCCGGCUCCGUCCCCGACCAGGCGCCCAGCCUUACCGCCAGCCUGUCUGACAGUCAUUGCUGCUAGUCGUCCACCCAAGGACGAUCCCCCCAGGCCGUUUUCCCUGCCUUCUCUCUGCCCGUCCCUCUUUCCCAGUGUCGUUAGAACAAGGCACAGACUGGUUCCUGCGCUCUGAGGGUGCGUCCAGGCAGGAUUGUUGGACCUUGGGGAGGGACUGGGGACCCGGAAACAGCAGGAAUUCUUACGAAACGAAUGUCAUCCUAAGAGGGGGAGGGUUGCCUCAGGACAGCCCCCAGGAACUGGUGAGAAGGGAUGAACCCCGGAACUCCCCAGAGUCCUGAAGAUGAUCCCUUCCCUGGACGAGGAGGUGUGAAACUGGAAUUCUCAGGUGCCUGAGGAGCUCCCAGUCUCAGAGGACUCUGGUGUCUUACCCACCCACCAGGGCGGACCUUGACGAGGGUAUCAGGGGCGGCAGUCUUGGAAAUGGCCAGGACUGGAUUGGUGAGAGGCCUUUGGAAACAGAAAUGAUUUCUAUUUCUGUAAACAGCAAUGUUUACUAAUUUAUUUUUAGUAUCUUUUCAACAGGGAUCCCAGGUUGAUGGGAGGUUGAAGUUCUCCACUCCCCAAUAGCCCCAGCUACCUCUGCUAGGAGAGACCAUGUAAGAGUCCAUGUGGAUGUGUGGCUGGGAGAUGCUUCUUCUCGCCGUCUGGGGAAGGGUGCGAGUCUGCUCGGCAGGUCCUGUCGCGCGGGGCGGAGCCCUGCGCUUGCGUGGUAGCCUUUCUUCCUGUUUGGAUGCCUGCACGGGGAGGGUAACUUCUCGGCUCCCUCUCACAAUGAGAUGGAUUAGAAAUGUGGAAACAGCCAGAAAAUAAAGGGAUGGCCCAGGCGAGUUUCCCCCUUCACCCAGAGGGUGAGCCCAAGUGACUUUGGGUGAGAUAGGUCCAAAAACAAGAUUCAGGGAAAUAGGGCACGUGGUUCCAGCUGCCCACUAAAAGUAAUCUCAGGUGUGGUAGAUUCUGUUCAUGUCUUAAAGGCUAACUAGGGGAUGAUUUCUUUUGGGAUCUGUGCAGUUUUGUUUUAGCAGCAGGUGAGUUGGUGGUUUGAGGAGGGUGAGGCGAGAGUGGCUUCUUCCAAAGAUUUGGCUGCCCUGGGUUUGGGGGAAGGAAGAGCCAGGUGAAAGCUAUUAUCAGAUAAAAGGACCCUUCUCCCCAGCCCUUGGAGUCCCUCCAAGUUCCACCCUCAGGACCCCCUCUCCCCUAGUGCAGGACUUGAGCAUCAGCAGUAUUUAUUUUUUUCUAUGUGUAUCUCCGCUGCUAUGGAUGAAAUUGUCGGCCACUUUGCUUAUGUACGUGUGAAUGUGUAUACAUGUGACCUUGUUAUUAGAGAUGGGGCUAAAAGGCAUUUCCUGCUCUGGUAAGGUUCUCCUUGGCCCCCUUGUGAGUAUCUUGUAAUAGUCCAUCAGUCGCGCUUGUGGAGGAUGCUGUAAUCUCAAAGGACCGCAACAGGCAUGUAGUUAAACAAACCGCUUUCCGCUAUUUUGCAGAUGAAGACACUGAAGCCUAGAUAAGCUCAAAGUCACGUGCUAAAUUGCUGGCCAAAGCCAUGACUAGAACUUAGGUACCCGGCUUUCUAAGUGACUACCCCAUGCUCGAUUGUCCCACCUGCUUUCUCUCUGGGUCCUUAGUCAAAGGACACCACUUCCCCUUCCUGCUGUCAGAAAUCCCCUCGCUCCCUAUUCUCUGUCACUUCUGUGUUCCUUCAAAUGUUUGGUUCCCACUGAUGCCUUUGCCUGUUGUUGUUUAAUCUGAAAGCCCUUUUCUUGGCAGGUUGAGUCCAUUCCUUCUGUCCGUGUCAUGUGGACUCAAAGUGGAAAUGAAUCUUUGGCACUUUGGGAGAGAUUGAUUGUAUCUGUUGACCUGGUAAAUUAAUUUUCAAUGCCAAUUCUAUUCUUUCUCUGAUUCUGGGCAUUCUAGCUUCCUCUAGAGAAUGAAUGAUACGAACCUGACAUUGGGACUGUACUAAGUGCUUCUAUGCUGAGCGAGGGAAGAGUGCUUGGGGGGGAGGGACCCAAAGGGUACAGCCUGCGACCCUGAACAGGUUCAUUGUUUUCUGAUGUGAACUAAGUAGGGCAGGUGGGUCUCUCCUUGAGUUACAGAUGGGAAGAGGAGUCUGCCAAUUGUGGAGGGGUGGGUUUGUGGUGGGAAGAGUCCUCCCUUUGCUUUGUCUCCUCAGCUGGAACUGGAUAGGAAGGGCGCUCUGAGCCCCCUUCAGGACUGUGACUUUGCCUUUCGGUAGAAGGUCUACCGUUGGGUAGGCAGACCGAUGAAGCUAACAGAAGAGAGACUCCCACUGGCCGUUCUGGAUUCGGCUCCAAAAAGCUUGGCUUUUCCGAUCAUCCAUUGAUAAAUAACUUUUCAUUC